GUAACCAAUUGAAAUACAUUAAAGGAUCACAUGACUCCCCACAAACUCGCUUGUGUUCUGUCACUGCUUUGAAAUGGUUAUACUAAAAGGAAUUCCAUCAAUACUUACGCCUGAGUUAUUGUAUGUUUUGGCGCAAAUGGGUCAUGGAGAUGAACUAGUUCUUGCAGAUGCAAAUUUUCCAUCCACAUCUAUUUGCAAAUGUGGUCCAGUGGAGAUAAGAGCGGAUGGUGUAGGUAUACCAGAACUUCUGAAGGCAAUACUGAAGCUUUUUCCUCUUGAUACCUAUGAGGAUUCAGCAGCUGUCAUGGACCUUGUGCAGAGUGACAAAUUAAAGGGGCUGAAAGUGCCGGUAUGGGACCGGUACUCUGCCCUCCUGAAACAAGCAGGAUCAGAUGGUAACUUCAGCUUUGUUGAGCGGUUUGCAUUUUAUGAGCGUGCCAAGAAGGCAUUUGCUGUAGUGGCAACUGGGGAGACUGCACUGUAUGGAAAUCUUAUCAUCAAGAAAGGUGUCAUUCCGCCUGAUGAACAAUGCUGAAAGAGGAGCUGUUUGGUACAGUUUUUCAUUACCAAAGUGAUUUGACCAAAAAUCCUAUAGAUAAUGCACAUACAAAAUAUCUUUAUGUAAUUGAUAUUAAACUAUUGUAUAUGUUAUUACUUAUUAUAUAAAAAUGUAUGUAUGUUAUUAAUUUAGUGCCUUCAUUUUAGAUUUUGAAAAGGUUACUCAGUUAAUUUUUUCUGUUCAUAUUUUCUGUAAUAAUGUGAUGUUGUAUAAUAAGUAACAAGACAAUUUCUCGAAUAAAAAGAGAAAAAUUUUACGAUUCA